GGAACCACGGAGCGGGGCAGCGCAUACACUAAACAGGUGGUCACCCACACACAGUGCCGUACAAUGCGCCUACAUCAAACGCCUACGGGAUAUUCUAGGCGACUCUAGCGAUUUUGUUUUUAACAGAAAUCAAACGGCGCGACUGUCCAGAUACAUGCGCACGGAUACGGAACCGUCGGCGCGUCGGACUUGAGUUUGUCCGCCGGGAUUCGAGCGCGGGCGCCGGGGGAACUUCGGAAUGAAAGUGACGGUGUGCUUCGGUCGAACCCGGGUGGUGGUCCCGUGCGGGGACGGGAAUAUCAAAAUCCACUCGCUCAUUCAGCAGGCUGUGACGCGCUACAAGAAAGCCAUCGCCAAGGACUCCGGCUACUGGCUUCAGGUCCACCGUUUGGAGCACAGUGAUGGUGGGAUUCUGGAUCUGGACGACACACUGUGUGACGUAGUAGAUGACAAGGACCGGCUGAUCUGUGUGUACGAUGAGGAGUCCCAGGUUGCCGAUGGCAACAGCAGCUCCACGGGCACGCAGAGUCCUGCCCUGUCCACCUCUGACCUUGGCUCCGCCCUCUCCGCGUUCCAGCCCUACAGCGGACUCAGCGAGAUCGAGGUCACACCGUCUACACUGCGCACCAGUAUGCCACUGCACGUGCGGCGCAGCAGUGACCCUGCUCUGGUGAGUGUAGCGGUCGUCUCUCUGACAGAAGUUCCCCAGCGUCCAGACGCCCCAUCCAGGCGAAACCCAACUCGCUGGUCAGCUAGCACCGGACCCAAGGGUCGGGGUGGGGACACGUACCGCAGUCUUCCUCGUGACGCAGGCCAGUGGGCCAAUCAGGCGGAGUUUCAACGAGAGACCGCCCGCUCCUCACUGAGCGCUAACCAUCCUUUGGUGGACCGCUGGCUAGAAAGACAAGAGCAGGAGGAAGAGGAAGAAGAAGAAGAAGAGAGCAGCCGGAUCGAACCGGUUGGCCAAGCGGACACCUGUCUGGAGCGCUGCCCUGUCAUAUCACUAGAUGACAUCAUCAGACUGGUGGAAGUGUCCAAUGACGGAGGACCUCUGGGGAUCCAUGUGGUGCCCUUCAGCGGCCGCGACCGCAGGACUCUUGGCCUGCUGGUGCGGAGACUGGAGGUUGGUGGGAAGGCGGAGCUUCAGAGCCUUUUUCAGGAGAAUGACUGCAUUGUGCGCAUCAACAACACAGACCUGCGCAACACACGCUUCCAGCAAGCUCAGAGCAUGUUCCGACAGGCAAUGCGCUCUCCACUCAUCCAGUUCCAUGUGGUUCCAAGUGACAUGAAGGCGGAGUACGAGCGCCUGAUGCACGCAGAACACAACCCAGAGAACCCAGACAGCCGGUUCUACAACGCGGAACUCUGUAGCCCUGAGCUCCAGCACACACAUGCACACUCACACCCCCAAGCCUCUGGGCCCGUGGGCAAGCCCCCCCUGGGCCUCGGCCAAUCAGCACACAGGAGUCUGAACUCCACGCCCACACCAGGCUUCAGCAAGAAAAUCGGGAGGAAGCUCAGCAUCCAGCUCCGCAAGGGUCCAGAGGGGUUGGGCUUCAGUAUUACAUCACGUGACGUGCCCCUGGGAAGCUCCGCCCCCAUCUAUGUGAAGAACAUCCUCCCCCGAGGAGCCGCCAUCCAAGAUGGCCGCCUGAGAGCAGGAGACCGACUACUGCAGGUGAGUGGCGUAGACCUGAGUGGGAGGAGCCAAGAGGAGGUGGUGUCUUUGCUGAGAGCCACGCCCAUGGGUGGGAUCAUAAAGCUUCUCGUCCUUCGUCAAGAGGAUGCCUUCACUGCAGAGGGGGCAGUGAAGGACAAUGAGCGUGUCUUGACCUCUGAGCGGGGUCGCGAGGUCAUGACCUUAGAGAUUCCUCUCAGUGACUCGGGCUCGGCAGGGCUAGGGGUCAGUGUCAAGGGCAACCGUUCCCGGGAGACGCACAACGACCUUGGCAUCUUCGUCAAAUCUAUUAUCAACGGAGGGGCUGCCUGCAAGGAUGGACGGCUGCACGUAAACGACCAGCUGAUCGCUGUGAACGGAGAGUCGUUGCUAGGGACGACCAACCAGGACGCCAUGGAGACGCUGCGCAGGUCCAUGUCCACCGAGGGCAACAAGAGAGGAAUGAUCCAGCUGAUGAUCGCCCGGCGGGACAAGCAGCCGGAGGCCAUGGGCAGUCCCAGAGGGGCAGGCCGUGUGCUAAGCCCCUCCCCUGAGGAGCGUGAGCGCCGCAUCUCCCACUCCAUGUACGGUGGCCUGGAGGGACAUCAGGAGCCUGGACGCCCUCCCACCAACAUGAUGGGAAACCACCAGGGUCCCUACCAGCUGUCCCCUACAGUGAACAUGCCUCAGGACGACACAGUGAUGAUUGAGGACGACAGGCCAACACUCUUCCCUGUCCACCUCUCUGACCACUCCUCCACCAGUUCCCACGACGACAUGGGCUUCGCCACGGAAACGCUUCCUCCCUGGACCACUGAUUUGGGCUCGCUUGACGAGAGUCCUGUGGCUGCAGACGUGUGUGAGGCGGGGGCUGAUGGGGUGUUUGAGAGGGAGGGCUUCGGCAGGCAGAGCGUGUCUGAGAAGCGCACCAAGCAGCAUGGAGACGCCAGCAAGCUGGAGAUCCUCAAAGCACGCAAGUCCAAAAGCAUGGACCUGGUAGCCGACGAGGCUAACCUCUCCUCCCAACCUGAACAAGAAGCAGGUUGGUCGCCUCCAGAGGUUGGCCCCGCCCUCGGCCUGCAGAAGUCCAGCUCAUUGGAGAGCCUCCAGACGGCGGUCGCCACGGUGACGCUGAAUGGGGACCACCCUUUCCACCGCCCGAGGCCUCGCAUUAUCAGGGGGCGUGGCUGCAACGAGAGUUUCCGCGCCGCCAUCGACAAAUCCUACGACAACAGCGGACCGCUUACCAACGAGGAGGAGGACGAGGGCAUGGAGACUUUGGAUGAAGACACAGAGGAGAGCUCGCGAUCAGGUCGUGACUCGGUCUCCACAGUGGCUGACCACACGCCCCUGUCAAUUGUAGAGGGAAUGCUUACCAAUGGCAGCCAGUCCAAGAGUGAGAAAAAGAGGGAGAAAGGGGGGAAGGAGAAGAAGAAGCCAGAGAAAGAGAAGGAACGAGAGAAAGAGAAGAGCAAAGCCAAGAAAGGUUCAGUGCUCAAGGGCCUCGGAGACAUGUUCAGGUUUGGAAAGCAUCGUAAAGAUGAGCCAUCUGAGAGGCGUGGCUUCACUAAGUGGCGCCCAGAUGAGACUCAAGCAUCAGAUGAAGAGAUGCAGCGCAUGAGACUGGAACAGGAGAGGAUCCAGGCUAAGACGCGUGAACUGAGGGAGAAGCAGGCCCGGGAGCGUGACUGCAUGGACACACUGGACUCUAUCCACCCUCAUAUACACACGCUGACACGCACAAACACGCCACGCUCAAACACACACACCCCGCAGCCGGCCAACGAGCGGCCUUACACACCCCUCACACCCCAGGGCACGCCGCUGGACAGCAGACAUGCUCACACACACACACACGCACACACACACCCGGGCAGCCCAGGAGAGGGGUCAAGGGCCAACGGACGCACCGCCUCAACUGACAGGGUGCCUGGUAACCACAGUAACCAUGAGCGGAUUCAGCUCUUGCGCCAGGAGUUCCAUUCUACUCGUCACGGGGACGAGCUAAAUGAGCAGCCCUGGGUCCCCCAGACUGGACGUCACUCAGUAACAGUGGAGUUGCAGCUCCACAAAAAGCGACUAGAGGAGACUGAUUCCUUCAGACAAACCCAAAGACAGUACAGCUCUCUACCACGACGUCCCAACACAACUCCGCCCAGGAUGGUCUCCCACGGCAACCCCUGGAGCUCCUCCCCAUCCCGUGGCAACGGUUUCCAGGCGGCCAAAGAGAGCGGCCACUACUCCAGCUACCAGGGCCCUCGGCACGGGCCGCACAGCCCUGUCCACUCCCACACACAUGGGCACGCACACACACACUCGCAUGCACACACACACGCGCAUGCACACACUCUCUCGCUGAGCGGCGUGAACGCCCGCGUGCUGCUGGAGGCCCAGGAGCUCCUCAGGCUGGAGCAGAGACGCCGCCAGCAGCAGCACAAGGACUACAACUCCCACAAUGCCAUGCACAGCAACAGCAGCCUGGCUCAGGAGCAGGGCACAAGGAAGGACUACAACUCCCAGAGUUCCCCGGGGCCACCCAAAGGCCCGCACAGACAAGACAUGCCGCCCUCCCCGUCACAGCUGUCUCGCCUCAACCGCGCCAACACCAACUUCUCUUGAGAGACACAGAGAGAGUGUGUGUGCACUACACUAACGCUUGCACAAAUAUGGCCUUUCACACACACACACACACACACACACACACACACACACACACUCUCACAGACUCCAACCGUCCCAUUUUCUUAGAAUAAUCUUGGUGCCUUCUGAAACUUCAGGUCCCGCCUCCACAUGAAUCUGAUUGGUCAGGUAAUGCAGCCGUCCAUGUACUGUGAUAGUGUGUGUGUGUGCGUGCGUGCGUGCGUGCGUGCGUGCGUGCGUGUGUGUGUGUGUGUGUGUGCGCGCGUUCUGGGAAUUGGGAAGUUCACACACUCUCACUCACCAC